AGGUCCAUGUUAAGAUGUUGUUUGGUUUAUAUUUUUUGUAUAACAAUGUAAUGUUCGCGUAUAUUGGUUUUUGUUGACAUUUUAUUUCGAGUUUAUGCGCUUAAUUUUGGUUUAUGAAGCUUCGCAAAAGUGAAAAUUUCCUAUCUGAGACAAAAUAGUGAGAGGUGCUCAAAGAAAAAAUGCAGUGAUGGCGGUAAAAGAAAAAAAUACAUGAAUAAAAACGUUCAGGAAAAACGAAGUUUUAAAAGUUUUUGCGAGAUUCACCUUUCGAAUAAAUUGCUAAAAAACUAAAACUUCUUUGCGACAUUAGGUCCAGUUGCCAAUACAAAAAACAAUAAGCAUUUAAGGGGCGAUAACUGCAGCUGCAACAAUGAUAUGUUGAUGGUUUAAAUACCACCAUUGUCUUGGUCGCACCCAUUUUUAGUAGCGGAGCUUUUCUUUUAAUUUUGUAUUUUUAGUCGUCAAGUAAAUUACGAAGUUACGGUGUUUUUGUGUAAAAUUCGAAACUGGUGAUGUGCUUUAAAGUGAAGGUAAAAAUGGUGUAAAUAUAUCCAGACUUUGGCUUUGCUUGCCAAAUAAAUCCAUUUGCAGUUCCUGCCAAAACCAUUUGCAGUGAUGGCCAAAACAACGUCUUCAUUCCUUUUAUUUUGAUUUUAAGAAGAAAUCGUACACCCUUCCAUUACAUUAAUUAUACAGCAGUUUGCUAAAAGCCAAUCUGUUAGUGUAUGUUUUGCAAAAAAAGUAAAGAAAAGUAAAAAAAAUAUAAUGUAUCACAAAUAUAUCCAGCGAAAGUGCUAUAGAUAUGUAAUUCUGCCGAAGAAAAAACAUUUCUCAAUGUUUUCAACGUUUUAUUACAAAUUUCACUGCAUCAUUGGCUUGCUGUUACUGCCUCUUAUAACAGCAGAUCACAAUUGCCAGCACUUUCAUCCCAAAGCGCAUGAGGUUGUCCAUGGCGUCCGCAUUGAGAUGGCCGAUGCGUCACAUCCACAUGAAGGCACUCACAGCCUGCAAAAACGCAGUACUGUUGUCGCUAAGCAACCGCUGCGAAUUCUACUCUUCUACGAUGAGUCUGUUUUCAGAUUAGAUGAAGACAAAUUCGAGUUAAUUAAUAACACAGUAUUACCAGAGGCUGUACAAUUUUGGGAACAAGCGUUGAUGGUGCGCGAAACAAAGGGUAUAAUUAGGCUUAACAGAAAAUGUAAUAGCACGCAGGUGUUUGUGAAAAACGGUCUGACGCAUUGUAUCGACAACUGUAAAACGGUGACAAUGUGUGGCGAAGUUGAAGUGCCGAAAGAGCAUUUAGAUGUUUGUCGCGUAUGCAAUGCGACAGGACAAAAUUGCCGCGCUGACGAGUCCACACAGGCGGGAGAAGGCAUUGAAAAUGCAGAUUUUAUAUUCUAUGUAUCGGCACGCCAAACGGAGCGAUGUCACAAAGGACUGACGGUUGCGUAUGCGGCGCAUUGCCAACAGGAGGCACAUUUAGAUCGGCCAAUUGCAGGCCAUGCCAAUUUGUGUCCAGAGAGUAUAAGCACAAAGCCACAGGAGUUGCAGACUCUACUAUCGACCGUGAAACAUGAAAUUCUCCAUGCACUUGGCUUCUCGGUGAGCCUCUAUGCGUUCUUUCGCGAUGAUGAAGGUCGUCCGCGAACGCCACGUAAGCCAGAUACGGGCAAACCGUAUUUAAAUGAAAAAUUACAAAUUCACCAGUGGAGUAAUGAGACCAUACGGAAGGUGGAACGUCCAAAAUGGUCCGUGCGUGGUGGACAUGUUCGUAAAACGUUGGAUAUGAUGGUGACACCGCGUGUUGUGGCCGAAGUGCGCGAACAUUUUAAUUGCCCGGAACUGGAGGGUGCAGAAUUGGAGGAUCAAGGCGGUGAAGGCACGGCUUUAACGCACUGGGAAAAGCGCAUUUUGGAGAAUGAGGCAAUGACGGGGACGCACACACAAUCGGCAGUUUUUUCACGUAUUACGCUGGCUUUGAUGGAAGAUUCCGGUUGGUAUCGCGCCAAUUACAGUAUGGCAGCCCCACUCUCUUGGGGUAAAGGAUUGGGUUGUAAUUUCGUAAUGCGAAGUUGUAAGGACUGGAUACAAGGAAAUAAUGGCAGAGGACGGUCAAUUCAUCCAUUCUGCUCGAAAGUGAAACAGGAUCCGCUACAAACUGAAUGCACCGAUGAUCGCAAUUCGGUGGCGCUGUGCAAUCUGAUACGCCAUGAUUACGAGUUGCCCAAGAAAUAUCAGAAUUUCGACAGCUUAAGUCACGUCAAAAGCGGCGAAGAAGGCUAUUAUGGUGGAUCUGUAUCAUUGGCAGAUCAUUGCCCCUAUAUACAGGAGUUCACGUGGCGCAAUAAAAAUAUUAUUGUGCGCGGCUCACAUUGCCGCUUUGUCGAGAAUAAUCCCAAGCCUGAAAAGAAUUUCGCAUUGGAGAGCUAUGGCAUCGGUUCAAAGUGCUUUUAUCACAGCGAUUUCAUGUGGGAAGAGCGAUCGUGUCACCAGACACGCGAGUGGCAGCAUUGGGGCUCAGGCUGCUACAAAUACAACUGCUCCGAUGGACGACUUCACAUAUUGGUGGCCAAUUACACCUACACUUGCUUUUAUCCUGGUCAAACACUUUCAAUACGCAUCAAUGCCAAUGAUUGGCUGCAUCGUGGCGCCAUAAUUUGUCCGUCAUGUAAUGAACUUUGUGGUGAAUACUUUGCCGAGCGGGAAGAGCAAUGUCGAAUGCGUGAGGAAGCGCCACCUGCUAAUAAGUAUCCACGCGAUACACUAACCUGUGCAGCGUGUGUGCGGAUGCCUCACAGCCAAAUAUUUAUGCUUGUUGCCAUAAUUAUUGCAUUUAGAGAGCGGCAUGCGUUCAUUUUGCAUGGUUAACUCGAGGGGUGGAAAAAGCUAAUCCAUGUUGUUUGAUUUGCUUUAGUAGGGGUAAUGAAACGCAAUGCCCUCGUUUUUAAAACGUUUGUAUGUAUAAUAUAAUGUGUACAGCAACUGUGUAUCCUCAGUUAAAAAUAAGCACACAUUUUAUCAAUUUAUUUUAAGUGUACCAAGUAUAGGAAGCUAAAGUUCUGCUUUAGUUAGUAGUUAGUUUAAUGCUAUGAAGUGUUUAACAUAUAGAGGGUCAAAAGCCAAGUAAGCCAACCAGUUUUAAGUAAACAAAAAAAUUCUAAUUGAUUUAGAAUGAUUAAGAAAAAAAGACGUAAGCUAAACAAAAACAAAAGAGAAAAACAAUGUCAGCAUUGUAAUAAAAUAAAGACUGAGAUCACCAUACUAGGUACUCAAAAAACAAUUUUUGGCCGUCUAUAGGCGAUCAAUAACCGAAAAAAAUAAAUGUAAUUAGUUUAUUUGUUUUUGCAGCGAAACAUAUACAUAUCUGUGGACUUAAAAUAAAACUAAACAUUGGAUUUUAGUAGUUUUGCUUUUGUAUCAAAAAAUCCUUAUAAAGGGUCUUUUAAAAGACGUGUCUAUAAGACAUUUAGAUUUUAGAGGUCUCACUAUUUUUAUUAAAACUGUGGCUCUUAACAAUUAUAUGCGAAAAAUUGUUUCGCAGAUUUUUGAUUUCUUUAUUUCUAGUUUUUAUUCUACUUAAGAUCUACAAAAAUUUACUUAUAUUUUAACUGAGCUGCAAAGUUGUCCAAAAUCAGAAAACGUAUGAAUGACUAGCGAACGUUCGCUGUCAUCGAACAGUAAACUUAUUAAACUUAUCGCCUCUUCAGUGUUCCCAUUACACAAUCAUUUAAAUGUCCACCAUGUGCACAUCUGCAGUCUGAAUUAAAAUUUUCAAGGACCCAUUCACACAUCAUCGCAUUGAGAUCAACAAUCUCGAUCCGAAUGUUUCGAUCCGAAUCGUUGUUGGCUUAUUCACAUAUAUCAUACUUUACUUUUCAAACAGCCGCUGGUCUGGCCCGCCAGUUUAUUUUCUUGAAAUUUUUUCACCAAUCUUUGAUCCCCAAUUGUCGACCCACUUCGGACGAUGAUUUCCACCAAAACAUCACGAAUUUCGCGUUAGGUCACUAGGCGUUACUUUUGAAAGACCCUUUACUUCAUAUAAAAAUUGUCAACCCGUUAUCAACUUUAUUAAGAUGAAUUUAAUUUAGCGCUUUACAGUUAGAAACUCGAUUCGCUAAGUCUUAAAAGUCCACAGAUAUACACCAUGCAUCCAAUGAAAGUAUAAAUUUCACCGCGAUUAUUUCAGCGCCGAUUUAUUAAAUCGUCAAAUGUAUACUUUCAAGGCCAAACUAUACUGGUCAAACUAAAUUUAAGAGUUGGCAUGUCUACAUUUGCUCUAAAUUACUGUUUUGGCAUAUUUCGAACAAAGUUUAAUAAAAUUUCCGAUGGAAAAUUAGCCCAUUGGCGCCUCAUCUCUAAGAUAAAUUACUCCAAGUCUGCUUUUUGGUAUCUUGGAGUCCACACAAAAUUGACCACAAAUGCUUAAUCGAAUUUCAAUCUGGCGAUUGAGCUGGUUAGUUCAGCUUUGCGAUGGAGUUUCCUUAAAAAAAACUAGUAGGAAGGAAGCAGAAGAUAGUAGACAUAUCCGAUCAAAUUACUUUGUCCCAAAAUGCGCUGGGCAUGUUUACAUACUGUUUCGUAAUUUGAAGUUUUUGGUCCUGUUUGUAAUGGAAAUCAGAGAUCGGUUUUUUGCGACAUAGUUUUUUUUAACCAAAUAUUCAUAGUUUUCCCUGCACUGUACUGGCGGAAACAUCCAAAUCCAAACUUUGAUCAACUCGCUUUAUGAAAUUUCAGGGUUUUCGGUAACUUUUCUUCGCAUGAGACGCUCAACACGUAUCGAAAUUUUUGGUUUUGUACCUACUCCGUACUGAGACUUCCAUGCAUUCCUUUUCUUGAAGUUUUCAAAAAUAUUCCUUGCCUCUCCAAUCGAAACGGAGUAUUUCUCAGAUAUUUUUGCUCAUAUUUCACUCAAGAGAAGGACCUCUUCAAUUUACUGCAUUUUUCACUUAGAAUAGAACAAAGAUGAGACAAUUUACAUAAUCAAUGCAAAUUCAGUAAAACCUGAAGUAAACCUUUGUUUUAACUUGUUAGAAAUCAACACAAAC